AUGCGCCAGACCAGACGCUGCCUCCUCCGUGUGAGCCGGGCCCGGGCAGAGCAGCUGCCGCUCUCCAAGUCUGGGCCGGUGACCUUCGAGGAGGUGGCUGUGUAUUUCACCAGAGAAGAGAGGACUCUGCUAGACCCCACUCAGAGAGCCCUCUACAGAGACGUCAUGCAGGAGAACUAUGAGAAUGUGACCUCGCUGGCAGGUGAAACAAUGAUAUGUGAGAAAGAGAAGCAGAAUUCUCAGCAGGAAAAUCUUGAGCAAGUGGAUAAACCCAGAGCAUUAUCACAAAGAUUGGAAAGGAAUGUGUCGAGCAGUCAUGAGCAGGGACAAUCGUGUGAGAUUCAGCACAGACCAGAAAGAGAGCAGGGAAACCAGCCAGGGGAGAAAGUGGGUAAAUGUAUUUCAUGUCGAGGAACUCAGAAAGACCUCAAGGAAACCACAACCCCUCAGGAAAUCCUCAUGGGAAAGAGAAAAAAUACAUGCACUGAGUGUGGAAAAAAUGUAUGUGACUAUUCAGCCCUUAUAAAGCAUCAGCAACUCCACACAGGAGAGCGGCCCUAUGAAUGCAGUGAGUGUGGGAAAAACUUCACUCGCAGAUCACACCUCAUUAAUCAUCAGAGAAUCCACACAGGGGAGCGACCCUAUAAAUGCAGUGAAUGUGGGAAAACCUUCAAUCGCAGCUCACACCUUACUAAUCAUCAGAAAAUCCACAUAGGGGAGAGACCCUAUGAAUGCAGUGAGUGUGGGAAAAGCUUCACUCAGAGAUCACACCUUACUCGGCAUCAGACAAUCCACACAGGGGAGAGGCCCUAUGAAUGCAGUGAGUGUGGGAAAAGCUUCAAUCACAGCUCUGCCCUUUCUGAACAUCAGAGAAUCCACACAGGGGAGAAGGCCUAUGAAUGCCGUGAGUGUGGGAAAAACUUUACUCAAAGAUCAGGCCUUUUUCUCCAUCAGAGAAUCCACACAGGGGAGAGACCCUAUGAAUGCUGUGAGUGUGGGAAAACCUUCAGUCACAGUUCACACCUUAGGAAUCAUCAGACACUCCACACAGGGGAGAGGCCCUAUGAAUGUCGUGAGUGUGGGAAAAGCUUCACUAGCAGCUCAGCCCUUUCUGAACAUCUGAGAAUCCACACAGGGGAGCGGCCCUAUGAAUGCCAUGAGUGUGGGGAAAGUUUCAUGGUCAGCUCAGCCCUUUCUGAACAUCAGAGAAUCCACACAGGGGAGAAGCCCUAUGAAUGCAGUGAGUGUGGGAAAACCUUCAGUCGCACCUUGUGCCUUUUUCAACAUCAGAGAAUCCACACAGGUGAGAGGCCUUAUAAAUGCAUUGAGUGUGGGAAACGCUUCACUACCAGCUCAGCCCUUUCUCAACAUCAGAGAAUCCACACAGGGGAGAGGCCCUAUAAAUGUAUUGAGUGUGGGAAAACCUUCACUACCAGCUCAGACCUUUCUAAACACCAGAGAAUCCACACAGGGGAGAGGCCCUAUGAAUGCCAUGAGUGUGGGAAAAGCUUCAAUCAGAGAUCAACCCUUAUUAAGCAUCAGAGAAUCCACACAGGAGAGAGGCCAUAUGAAUGCCUUGAGUGUGGGAAAACCUUCAAUAGCAGCUCAAGCCUUAUUAGGCAUCAGAGAAUCCACACAAGAGAGAGGCCUUAUGAAUGCAGUGAGUGUGGGAAACGCUUCACUACAGACUCAGACCUUUUUCAACACCAGAGUAACCACACAGGCAAGAGGACCUAUAAAUGCAGUGAGUGUGGAGAAACCUUCACUACCAGCUUAGCCCUUUCUGAACAUCAGAGAAUCCACACAGGAGAGGCCCUAUGAAUGCCGUGAGUGUGGGAAUACCUUCUGUUGGCACUCAGCCCAUGUUAACCAUCAGAGACUCUGCAAGGGAGAUCAUCACCACAAAAACCUCUAGGGCUUAUCCAUACUUUUUUCUUUAAUACUUUUCCUGAUUCCCACAUACUAACUUUUAAAGCUGUUUGAACUGUUUGCUGCACCGUUAUCCCUCAGCUUGUCUAGAUGAGUGACUGAUUUUUGUCUUUUGCCAUUUACCCUGUUUUGAAGUUGAUCUAUUUGUCGUUUCUAUCAACUCCAUUGUCCCAUGACUAUUUCAAGUGUGCCCUUCCUAUCCGGAAUGAGGGAGCAUCACAUUUAUACCAUUCCUUCUAUUGCAAAGUUAUUGUUAAAGUCAACAAUGAUACAGAUUGUAUAAUUUCCAGUUGAUCUCAUGUUGCUCUGGGUUGUGCUGAAGAGCAGUUAUAUUGGGAACUUUUCAAAUUAUAUUUAAAUGAAGAGGAGCAGGGGCAGGGGGGAAAGGGGUCAUUUCAGCCUCUGUGACACUGGAAGGGGAUGGGGUGAUUCAGAGAUUCCCUCCUUCCCCAUCACUACAGAACGGAUACCUUUUUUCUGAGCCAUGCAGAGUUUAUCUUCAUCACAUUCUACCCAUCCACUUCUCAGUGUCCUGUGAGGAACAGUUCUUAGCUGUCUGUGCUUGGAGAUGAUGCUUUCACUUCUUUAAUCCUAAAUCAGAGUCAUUGUGACUGGAGAUAAAAGUGUCAAAGACCUGGAAGGGGAAUUCAAAUGGAUCCCAAACACAGUGUGAUCAUUUGGAGUUAAAAUUUCAGGUUCAAUCUGUUGGUAAAGCCACUUCUGGCAAGGUGUCAGUCUCCCCCCCCCCCGCCCCCUGGGCCCAUUAUUUGGAUGCUAGGAUAGUAAAAAUAUUGUAAAUAACGUAACUGACUAUAGAGACAGUGCUGAGUGAAGCAGGUUUGAAUGAAUCAGAGGAGAAUAUGAUGGGAGAAUCUCUUGUCCUGAUUCUGAAUAAUCAGAUGUAACCUGCUCCGGAAUUUGACUUGACACUUUUGUUGUCA